AUGGCGGCAGAGGCCACCGGAUUGGCUAAGCUAGAUACCUUUCUGGCCAGUAUAUUCGCCGACUGGGAUAUAUACUCGACCAUCAUCACCACCGUAAUUGCUUUAUUCGUCACAUACUCUUUACUAUCUUCCAAAGAUCCCGAUGUUCAUCCUUACCUCCUUGCUAGACAAGCUACAGAAGCUCCUGUCAGACAGCCAGGUCAAUCCGCUGCAUUCAGAAACCUAGAGGUACCCCAUGGCUUUCCUUUGAAGUACGGUCUGAAUGUCAAGGACCCCGAAGCUCCCAAAUGGACAGGCGGCCGCAAUGGCGAUUUGCGUGAUAUUUGGAAAACAGCCGUUCGUGGUUCAACUGGUGAAUUUGGAACCACUGCCGGACAGCGCGGCAAGAUAUUUAGUGUCCUAGGGAAGAGCGCCGUUGAGCGCAGCCUAGAAGAGAUUACAGCAGAGAUCAACGUUAUUGGUAGAUAUGUCCAGGAAUCUAAGGCCAAGGUUGUUGCUAUCAGUUUGUCUGAUUCCGUCGAAUUGUUGGCUUCGCUGUUCGCCAGCGCAUUCUACGGCUUCCAGACCGUUUUGAUUCCUCACAAUCCAGAUCCUAAGAAGCUAGGAAGCUAUCUUAAGGACGUUCAGGCGGAAUUACUCAUUGCAGAAGCCGGCGCCGUCGAUCUUACAGUGGUUACCUCAGGUAACAAGCAGCUCAAAGACAUCAUAUGGGUUGCGAAAGAGGGAAGCCGACACAUGAAUUGGAAUGAAGUUCCAGCAAAACUUGCGGGCAGCGUCAAGGUCGCCGUUUGGCAUGAGCUUGUUCAGGAGAAGAAGAAACUCGAAGAUACAGAGGUUCCUGCUUACGAUCCCAAGUCUGCAACUCCUUCUAUAACUGCUUUCUGGCCCACGACUGAAGAGUUCAUCGAGUACAAACCUCAGAACCUCGUCUCUGCGAUUGGUGCUCUUCUCAGCUCGUUGCCCAGAAACCAACGAUUGGACUCCAAAGAUGUGGUCCUUACAAUUGACUCACUUAUCCGUCCAUAUGCAUUGAGCUGGGUCUUGGCCGCCCUUUACUCCAACUCGUCUAUUGCACUGAACUCCGUCGCGGGUGAAGGAGUCGACUUUGCGCUCGCAACUUCGGGCAUUUCACCAACCGUGAUUGUAUCUUCAGCGCGCACUAUUUCUGACUAUCACAAGAAGUUCAUGAAGCCCCACACCGGCCUUCUCUCGUCGAUAUGUCGUUCGAUACAAGCACGCACACUCGAUGCUGGUCGAAUGCCUUCGCAGAACGUACUCAGUCGAAUGGCCAACAUUGGGCCAACUGCUGAAUUGUCCUUGUUGAAGCUUCGAUUGCUUGCCAUUUCAUAUCCCGCAGAUGGCGCUCCAGAGGAUCUUUUGAGCUCAGAGACGUUGACCGAUCUUCGAAUCUUUACCGGUGCCCGCAUAGUAUAUUCCCUGACUGCUCCUGGUAUUGCUGGUGGUAUUGCUCAGACACAUGUGUUUGAUUAUAGACGACAUGCGGGUCCAGCCCAUUUCGGUGCUCCGUUAAGCAGUGUUGAGAUUGUGCUGAGUGGUCACACUGAAGAUACUGGCAUUGAGAGAGCCGUCGAGGGACAGCUUACGAUUACUGGACCGGCGGUUGUUACGAAGACUGUUACGAUUCCUGUGCGUGCACGUUUCCGCGAUGACAACACACUGCAGUUGCUCAAGUAA